AUGCGCUCACCUUGGCUGGCGUGUCUACGCUUCGCUGUGUAUGUAGCGCCGGUGGAGGUGGCGACCGCGCCAGCUCGGCCGGUGGAUUCGGAGCGACUUGCUGCCCUGGCCGCACCGCGGCGGCCAAGCGAGCCCCAUGACCGGACUCCCAGCAAGGAGCCUACCAAGCGCCGUCGAAGAAAGAGGAGCAAGCUCCGCCUCCUGGCGCUUGUUCAGUCUCGCGUGGAAGGCGAGGAGUCUGGUCAGGAGGCGACAGCUGCGGCGGAGGAGGAGGAUGACAGCGCUGACGGAGAUGAUGAUGAAGCACCGGCAGCGCUCCUGACGCCUCCUGCUGCCGAACUGCGGACAGAGGAGAUCCUUCUGGCCGAGGCAGCAGCACCAGCCUUGAGACACGAAGAAGAAGAGCAGCAGGAGGUGGAGGUGCGGGAGAAGUCACCGCCAGCUGCAUGUGCUCUCGAGGAUCGAGGUGAACUGGGCUCACUACAGAUGGGACUGAAGGAGAGAGUAGAGGUUGGAGCACCACCUAUGCAACUUCCUGAUGUGGUCCCGGGGACUUUUGACUUUGACUGA